AUGGCCUUCCCCAGCCGUCUUCUCCCCUGGCUCGCCGCCACCAUCUUCUUCUUCAUCGCCCAAUGCCAGGCCAAAACCGUGACCUAUGACUGGAACGUCACCUGGGUGACCGCCAACCCAGACGGCCUGGCCGAUCGCCAAGUUGUGGGCAUCAACAAUCAAUGGCCCCUGCCCAUCAUCGAAGUCGACAAGGGCGACCGCCUUGUAGUGAACAUGCACAAUGGACUCGGCGACAAGAGCGCUUCAAUCCAUUUCCACGGCAUGUACCAAACCAACACCACGGAAAUGGACGGCCCAUCCAUGUUGACCCAAUGCCCUGUGCCGCCGGGCAGCUCCAUCACGUACAACUUCACCGUCAACCAGAACGGCACGUACUGGUACCACUGCCACACCGACUACUGCUACCCAGACGGCUACCGCCAGGCCCUGAUCGUGCACGACAACUCCUCCUACUUCGCCGACAAGUACGACGAGGACCUCACCAUCACCAUGACAGACUGGUACCACGAACUGACCGAGACCAUCGCCCCGACCUUCAUCACCGUCGAUAACCCCACCGGCGCUGAGCCCAUCCCGGACUCCUUCCUCUUCAACGACACCCUCAACACCAAAAUCCCCGUGGAAGCAGGAAAAACCUACCUCUUCCGUCUCAUCAACAUCGGCGCCUUCGUCGCCCAGUAUUUCUACAUAGAAGACCACACCAUGCGCAUCGUCGAAGUCGACGGCAUCUACACCGACGAGGCGGAAGCAGACAUCCUCUACAUCUCCGCCGCGCAGCGCUACACCGUCCUGGUGACGAUGAAGAACUCCACGGAGAAGAACUACCCCAUCGUCAUGGUCGCCGACUCCCAACUGCUCGACACCAUCCCCUCAGACCUGCAACUCAACCAGACCAACUGGCUCGAGUACAACUCCAGCGCCGCGUUCGAGCAAGCCGUCAUGACCGUCUCCGACUGCUCAGACCUCAACCCCUACGACGACAUGGGCCUGGUCCCCCAUGACAGAAUGCCCCUUCUCGAGAACCCUGACAUCUCCCUCGAUCUCACUGUCACCAUGCAAGUCCUCGACGACGGCGCCGACUACGCCUUCCUCAACGACAUCUCCUACACCGCUCCCAAAGUCCCCGCCCUCUACACCGUCAUGUCCGCGGGUGACCAGGCCACAGACGCCACUGUCUACGGCGACUACACCCACUCCGUCGUGCUGGAGAAGGACCAAAUCGUCGAGAUCAUCCUCAACAACGGCGACACCGGUACCCACCCGUUCCAUCUUCACGGUCAUGCCUUCCAGAUGAUCGAUCGGUACCCGCCGUAUGGUCCUCAUUUCUAUGACUACGCCGACGGUGAUCCGAUCACCUACAAUGCCUCGAACCACACUGCUUUCCCGGAGUACCCGCCCCGGAGAGAUACCUUUGUGCUUCCGCCCCAGGGUUACUUCGUUGUGCGCUUCAAGGCCGAUAACCCCGGUGUGUGGUUCUUCCAUUGCCAUAUUGAUUGGCACUUGGCGCAGGGUUUGGCUAUGGUGUUUAUUGAGGCCCCGUUGGCUAUUCAGUCUAGCGUUACUAUCCCCCAGCAGCAUUAUGAGGUUUGUGAGGCGGCGGGUAUCGCUACGGCGGGUAAUGCCGCCGGCAAUACCGAGGAUUAUACCGAUCUUACGGGCCAGAAUAAGCAGGUAGCGUGGUUGCCUGGUGGUUUCACGGCUAGGGGUAUUGUGGCUUUGGUGUUCUCGUGUGUGAGUGCUUUCUUGGGUAUGGGCAUGAUUGCUUUCUAUGGAUUGUCGGAUAUUAAGAAGGGUGGGGGUCAGGUGCAGACUAGGAGGGAGGAGGUGAGAGAGCAUGAGGAUUAG